UCGCCAAUAGAGUUGCCCAUUGUUUGCGCACCAACGACUAAAGAGUUUACAGUAGAUUCAAUCUACCUGUUGCAUACCACCGUUUCCGCUCUCUGGGUCGCUUUCGAAGAGAGGAAACGGGCACACCGAGCUCAAAGAAUAUUCAGCAGGUUUAAUUUCUUCUUCCAAUGCUCUAGCUGUCCGGUUUCCGUGUGUUUUAAUAAUCCCCUCACGGAUUUACAGGAGGAGCAAGCAUGCCUUUGGGACUCAGGAAAAAGAAAAACAAGUCAAGGGAAAGCUCGAACUUGGUUGAAAAUGAGGAGGUCGGCGCACACUCAGGUGGAGGUGCCGGGAAGUCCACCGUGAACGGUGGCGGUCUUCCACCGCCACCUGCCAGCCUGCGACCGAAAUUGGUGUUUCACACGCAGCUCGCCCACGGGAGCCCCACGGGCAGAAUCGAGGGCUUCACGAACGUCAAAGAGCUGUACAACAAAAUGGCAGAAGCGUUUAACCUAAAUCAGGAUGAGAUCCUGUUUUGCACACUCAACACCCACAAAAUUGAUAUGGAGAAGCUUCUGGGAGGACAGAUAGGACUGGAGGACUUCAUCUUCGCUCACAUUAAAGGGAUCAAAAAGGAGGUGGAUGUGCACAAAGCAGAGGAGGCACUUGGACUCACCAUCACAGACAAUGGAGCUGGAUUCGCCUUUAUAAAGAGGAUCAAGGAGGGCAGUGUGGUGGACGGGGUGAAGGUGAUCUGUGUAGGAGAUCAUAUCGAGUGCAUUAACGGAAAGAACAUUGUUGGCAUGCGGCACUUUGAGGUAGCACGAAUGCUGAAGGAGCUGCCUAAAAACCAGUCCUUCACCCUCAAACUGGUGGAGCCCAUGAAAGCCUUCGAGAUGCUUGAACCAAGGUCAAGGGGAAGUGGAGCCAAAGCCUCUGGAGACAACCGAGUAGGCACAGGCAGAGAAACUCUCCGAAUGCGCUCCAAGGGUCCUGCAACAGUCGAGGAGAUGCCCACAGAGUUUGAAGAGAAAGCUGUGAAGAAAGUAGAUGACCUUCUGGAAAGUUACAUGGGCAUUCGAGACACAGAAUUAGCGGCAACAAUGGUGGAGGUGGGCAGAGACAAGAAUAACCCUGAUGAGUUUGCCAUGGCUCUGGACCAGGCACUUGGUGACUUUGCCUUCCCUGAUGAGUUUGUGUUUGAUGUUUGGGGAGCCAUUGGUGAUGCCAAACAGGGACGGUUUUAAAACACCAGUACACGGCACGACCAUCCCACCACACACAGCAUUUAAAAACUGAGCUAAAAUGAUGGGGAUGCUGUUUAUAGUCAUGCAGUUUAUAGCUGGUGUACUGAACAUUUGAAUUUAUGUGAUUGACGAUAAUGUUUUUACAGAAAAAACAAAAAGCUCCGCUCUAUUUUCCAUCCUGAGUGCAUUCAGGCACAAGGUUUUGGCCUAUCAGGAGGCGAAUUUAGAGUUUAUUUCCAUGGGUAGCAUUUAUAAGUGGAGCAGGGAGUGUAUCAUAUUUAACACAAGCCAAGGGAAAGUGUGAUGUUUGAAACACUCUUGAAUAUUAUUUUGUAUAGAAUUAUUGAUAUACACAAUUGUCUUUUUAGAAAUAUAUUUAGAUCUUUUAAUUUAUAUGUUUAAUAAAGUGGUCAGAUUUUGACAGUCAAAUACUUUUAAUUGCCGAUUAUUUUUUGUGUUGGAUGCUCUGUUGGAAAGUGUCAUCAGAUUUAAAGUCAAUUCAUUUGGAAUAUACAAAAAUAAAAACAUUAAAAGCAUUGUUUCAAGUUUUCAUUUUACCUUAAGACAGUGCCAACCAGACAGACACAAUUUAAUAAUACCACGUUGAUUUUAAUGUUAUGACUUUAUUGUACAAUCCAUAAGGGAUCACUUUGUAUUUGUUUUGUGCCUUGACUGUUGCAUUGUCAAUUGAAUUUUGUAUGAACAAUGUGCUCAAAUAACAUGUUUUUUUUUUUUCUUUGCCCAUUUUUCCACAUUAAAGGUGGAAAAAAGAUGCAUUAAAUGACCAGUGAACCUGAUAAUUCACUGUGAUAAAAUAAACUGUU